AAUCAUUAGUUUGCCCACUGCGGAAGUGAGUUGAAGGCAGAGCGUGAGUCCUGCGCUGCCGAGUUAGGGGGAUCUGUUAUCCAAAAGACGCGUCUGUGGGAAGGAACUCAAUCAGCUGUUUUGGUUCGUGCAUCCAAUAUUUUAACAGAAUAUUACAUGGUUUCCCCAACAUGCAUCGUACCAGCCAGCUCUCCUGUCUCCUUGCUCUGCUGCUCAUUCAAGUUAACCCUGUGCGCUCUGUGCAGGAGAUCCAAGCCAACCGUGAGACCAUCAGUAAGAUCCACACUGCAGGAGACAUGAUGAAGUGUUCUACUCCCAUGGACGUGCUUCUCCUCAUGGACGGUUCCUACAGCGUGGGGAAGGGCAGCUUUGAGAGAUCCAAACACUAUGCUCUCAAACUGACAGAAGCUCUGGACGUCAGGCCCAACAAGGUGCGAGUGGGAUUGAUCCAGUUUGGCUCCUCUCCUAGACUGGAGAUCUCUCUGGACUCCUACUCUACCAAGGCAGAGCUGCGCAAACGCUUGAAGAAAGUCACAUACAAAGGGGGCAGCACCCAGACAGGUCUGGCUCUCAAGUACAUCCUGAAGAAGGGAUUCCCGGGCGGGCGGAAUGCCACCGUUCCCAGGAUCGUCAUCCUGCUGUCCGAUGGGAAGUCCCAGGGUGCCGUGCUGAAGGCCGCUACGGAGCUCAAGCAGAUGGGCGUCACCCUGUUUGCUGUGGGACUCCGCUACCCCAGGUGGGAGGAGCUCCACGCCCUGGCCAGCGAGCCUGUGGAGAGUCAUGUGUUCUUCGCAGAGCAUGUCCAAGACGCGGUCAACGGCCUGUACACCACGCUCACCACCUCCUCAGUCUGCACUGCUGUACCCCCAGGCUGCCAGACGGAGACGCUGCCCUGCGAGAGGAAAACUCUGGAGACGGUGAAGGAACUCAAGGGCAACUUCAUGUGCUGGAAAGGCUCGAAAGGAUACUCCCCAUACACCUCCCUCUGUCCCUUUUACAGGUGGAAUAAGGUUUACAAGAGCCACCAGACAGUCUGUCACCGAACUAUUUGUCCAGAACCCUGUGACUCCCAGCCCUGUCUGAAUGGGGGCACGUGUGUUUCUGAGGGCCCAGAGGCGUUCCGCUGUGUCUGCCUGCCUGGCUAUGGAGGACACCCCCAGUGUGCCCCGAAGCUGAUGUUAGACUGCUCCGUGGACCUACUCUUCCUCAUAGAGGGCUCUACCACUCUCACCUUAGAGGGGUUCCUGCGCCUCAAAUCCUUCCUCAAACGCUUCCUACAGGCCGUGAUGGGUCACGACACCCCCACGUUAGUGGGCCUGGCCGUGUUUGGUGGUGAGACGCGUGUGGACGCUCCGGUGGGCAAGUUUAAAGGUGAUGUAAGGGGUCUCCUCAAAGCAGUGGAGGGGCUCCAACCCAUUGGAGGGGAAACGAAAACGGGUCAGGCACUCCGCUACGUGACACACCACGGUUUCCAUAGCGCCCCGGUGUUUGCCGACGUGACCGACGACCUCCCUCGGGUUGUGGUGCUGCUGACGGCCACGCCAGCCGUCGACGAGGUGGUGGAGCCCUCGAAAUACGCCAGGGACCGGGAGAUCUUCCUCAUAGGGGUGGGGCCCGACGCCUUAAAGGAACAGCUCAACAAUAUCACUGGGAAUCCUCAACGGACUGUCACCUACUCCUCCCCUGAUAGGUUCAAUGCCAAAAUCCCGGAGCUGAAAGCCAAGAUCUGCAGCGUGGACACUCAAGGGUGUCUGGGCCAGGCUGUGGACCUGGUCUUUGCUCUGGACGGGUCCGGAGGUGUGGGCCGUGACAACUUUGCCACGCUCCGAGACUUUGUGCGCAGCCUCAGUGUCCAGUUCGACAUCAACCGGGACGUAGCCCAGGUGGCGCUGGUGGUGUACGGCCGCCGGCCCGUCACCACCUUCGACCUGGACACCCACGACACCGGCUCCGCCGUGCUCAAGGCCGCCGCCGCCGCCAACUACCUGGGUGGCUCCGCCUCCACGGGCUCCGCCCUGCUGCACAUCCACUCCAACGUGCUGACGGUGGGCAAAGGGGCGCGGCCCGGGGUCAACAAAGCGGUCGUGGUGGUGACGGACGGGUCGGGAGGGGACGACGCGGCCGUUCCUGCCCUGAAGCUCCGGGAGAACGGCGUGUCGGUGUUUGUGAUCGGGAUUGGGGACGUGCAGCGAGACAGGCUGCUGCGCAUCGCCGGGAAAGAGGACCACAUGGUCACCGUGACGUCCUACGAGGAACUUAAGUACUUUGAGGAUGUGCUGGUGCAGAUGGUGUGUUCAGAUGUGAAGAAGCCAGUGGACCUGUGCAGGCCCAGCCCCUGUAUGAACGACGGGGUCUGCAUCCUGUCUGGAGGGAGCUUCCGAUGCCAGUGCCAAGGCUUCGAGGGGCCACACUGCGAGACACGAAGUAGCAGGCCGUCCUCUAGAGGAGACCUCCCCAGACCGGCAGGCUUCAGGAGGAAGAGCAGGCAGAAGAAGAGCCAUGAACAACUGCUGCAUCACUAUAAACUGCACCGCAGGAGACACCCAGCCAGGGCAGCCUCCUCCACACACACAUAGACACACACACACACACAUAGACACACACACAUAGACACACACACUCACAAACACAC